GCGGCCGGAAGUGCGUGCUGUCCUCCACCGGAAGUACUGCCCUCCGCCGGAAGUGCUGCCCUCCGCCGGAAGUGUGCCUCCCGGGGAAGGGACGCGGAAGCCUAGCGCGGUCGGGAGCGAUAUGGGAUGCGAUGGUGGCACCAUCCCCAAGCGGCAUGAGCUGGUCAAGGGGCCCCGCAAAGUCGAGAAGGUUGACAAAAAUGCUGAACUGGUGGCAAGAUGGAACUACUGUGCUCUGAGUCAAGAGAAGUUACGACGGCCAAUUGUUGCUUGUGAGCUGGGCAGGUUGUACAAUAAAGAUGCUGUCAUUGAAUUUUUGUUGGACAAGUCAGCUGAUAAGACUCCUAUGGAAGCUGCAUUACAUAUCAAGAGCAUUAAGAAUGUAACAGAAUUAAACCUUGCAGAUAAUCCAGCUUGGACUGGUGAUAAAGAGAGUAUAAAGGGUGACAAAUAUGAUGACAUCCAGUCUGCACGCUUUAUAUGUCCUGUGGUGGGAUUGGAAAUGAAUGGAAGACAUAGGUUUUGCUUCUUAAGAAACUGUGGAUGUGUGUUCUCUGAACGGGCUCUCAAAGAGAUUAAAUCAGAAGUUUGUCACAAGUGUGGUGUUCCCUUUCAAGAGGAAGAUGUGAUUGUCCUUAAUGGUAAUAAAGAAGAAGUGGAAGCAUUGAAGAAAAGAAUGGAAGAUAGAAGACUUAAAAGUAAAUUAGAAAAGAAAUCAAAGAAAUGUAAGUCAGCAGAAUCAGCCCCUCGGCAGGAUACCACUGAAGAUGCUCCAGGUCCAUCAAAGGCUAAGAAUGGAAAGGAUUCCAUCAGUUCCAGUUCUGGGGAAAGGCAGAUUAUCUUCACCAAGAGUUCAGAUAAUGGAAAUUCAUCUGUACCAGGAAAAGUCAAUAAGGCUGCUUCUACUACAGCGAAGAGAUCCAUUGCAGACAGCGAGAAAUCUGAGGCAUACAAAUCUAUUUUCACAUCACACAGCUCAGCAAAACGUUCAAAGGAAGAGUGUUCCAAUUGGGUUACUCACACAGCCUACUAUUUCUGAAACAAUAAUGAGCCUGAUUGUAACUUUCAUUACUGCUUUCCUUCCCUAAGGCUUCUUCCGAACAACUCAGAUACAGAGCUUUUGUUGUACACUGAUGUUAUCUGGAAUUACUCAGUUUGAGUUGUUUAUAAACUUUUGGGUAACUAAUGAACUCGAGUUAGUUGCAGAUUCUGUUAAAUAAGAGAUAGGUCACCCGAAUCCAUGUUGUAUCAGUAGACCACAUUGUAAAAUGAUGGAAUAUUUGCACAAAAUUUCUCUUCCCCCAGCUAGAUGUUCUCAUUCUUAGUGACACUAGCCUGUGUCCGUGGGAGGAACAGGAGGAGUGAGGACAGGAGGAUCUACCUGCUACCCUCUUUUACUCAUACUUGCUGCAACUGUAAUUACUGUUUUCAAUGUAUUCAUACAGAAAUUCAAACUUGGAAACUUUCUGACAGUAAAAAGAGCAGUAGUGCUUUUCUUUUGUACUAUCUAACUGGGCCCUCAGUAAAACUAAAAGCUUCUGGUGUUAUUUUCAAGUAAUUUUACUUUUUAAUGGAAUAUGUCAAAGCAUAAAGAAAAUGUUUGUACAAUACUCUUCUUGUACAUAUUGUUGUAGCCUAUUUUUAGUACCAAAGUAUUCACUUGUAAGUUAUUAUCUAUAAAGAGCAGCCUGUAAUAGUAAGGCUGUUUUUGAAAAAGAAAAAGGGUUUUGAAGAUUUUCUUUGUGGGUGUGUUUUGAAGUUAGAAAUGUCAGGUCUGAGCUUUCUUUUCUUCUUUCAUCAGAGAAUCAGAAUAUGGCGGAACAAAAGAUUUUCCUCGCUUUUCUGCUGAAACAGUGAGGUUCUGUGUACAUCUCUGAGGAGCAGUUCGCAUUCAGCUUCUGUGAAAAUAGGAACAUGUGCACUGGGUGAGAGAAAACCAGGUGCUGAAAGAGUAGGAGCAAGCAGAUCAUAACUGAUGUUUUAGGGAGGAACGAUUAGGCGCCAGUGUCACACGAGUCAAAGCCAUUGGUGGCUGAUGGAGGGACCCCUGCAAGGCUGAAGUUAGCUUCUGAGAACUUUUCCUCUUCACUCUGCAGGCAAGUGAAAUGUGCUGCUUCUGCAGCGUCUGUAGUACACAUUGCUUUAUUUUCUGACAUAAAGUUCUUAACAGCAAGCAAAUACUUAGCUCAGAAUUGCUUGUUACAAAAAGAUGCUAAACAUGGUUGAUCAAUCAGUUUUGCUUUUAUGAUUGUGCUUUUAAACACUGUGAUGUUGAUUUAAAUAAAACUUGCUCUUGUCAUAUGGCCAUAUGACUCAAACAGA